AUGUUCAGAAUUAAGGUAAUAACCCGAGCUAGCAGAGGGUUUCAUUCUUCGGGAAUGGCUUUCAAUGGUCCCAAGUCUCCGAUGCAGGUUUUCUUCGAAACUUUCAAGAACGAAUGGAAAAAAUCGGACGAAUUAAAAUCCAACAUUAAAGCUCUUCAAGAUGAGACGGGAAGAAUGGCCGAAAGUGAAGCUUUUCAAAAAGCCAAGGAAGCAUAUGAUAAGGCUCAGAAGGGAUCAUCCUUUGCUGGAAAAGCCGUCAAGAAAACUGCCGAAACCGUUGGAAACGCUGCCGUUAAGGCCUGGGAUUCUCCAGUAGGUAAAGUCACUAGAAAGACUGUAAAGACUACAGCAGAAGUUGUCGACAAAUCUUUUGAACCUGUCAGAAAGACAGCGCUGUACAAAGAAGUUUCAGAAGUUAUUGAUGAUGGUUCGUCAACAAGAUAUGGAGGGUUUGAAACUAAAGAACAAAGAAGGUUGCGUAGAGAGAAAGAAUUGAGUAAUCCUCAAAGACCAAAGGUCAUAAAAGCUAACGAGGAAGCUUCUAGAGCUCUAGUAGUGACCAAUUACAAGCCUGAACGACCAAAGCUAUCUGACAGGUUUACAUUUUUAAAGCCUGAGACUCCCAUCGGAAAAGUGUUAGGAGACUUGAGAAUGAGAUGGGAGGAGUCCGAAAAUGGUUUGAUCUCUUUGUUCAGAACUAUCUUUGAAAAAAUUGGAGGUUUCUUUGAUGAAACUGAAAGUGCCAAGGUGAUUCGUAUGUUCAAAGAGAUUGAUCCAUCUUUCAACACCGAGAAUUUCAACAAACAGCUCAGAGAGUUCAUUAUCCCAGAAGUUUUGGAGGCUUAUGUGCAGGGUGAUGAAGCUGUACUUAAAACAUGGCUGUCGGAAGCACCGUUCAAUGUUUUUCAUGCUCAACAAAAGCAAUUCAAAGAGCAAGGCCUGUUCUCUGAUGGUCGCAUCCUGGAUAUCAGAGGAGUCGAUGUACUCAGUGCAAAGGUUAUUCCAGGUAAUAACAGUCCUGCCUUGGUUAUUGGAGCUCGUGUCCAAGAAGUCAAUGUUUAUAGAAAGGCCAAGACCGGUGAGAUUGCAGCCGGAUCGCCCGAUAAUAUCAACUUGAGUACCUACGUCAUGGUGUUGACAAGAAUACCAGAAGAUGUUGACCAUCCUGAAACUGAAGGUUGGAAAGUGCUUGAGUUCGCUCGUGGAGGUACCAGACAAUUUACUUAA